UUUUAUUUUCAGAUGAAUUUAUUUCUUUUUCAAAAAUUUAAUAAAAAUUUUGUUUUUCAAAUAUCUCGUCAAAUGUGUAUUGCCAAAUCAACUUCAAUGCCUUCUACUUCUUAUAAUAAACCAAUACCUUUCAAGUCAAUUUCUACUGAUGAUUUGGGGUUUUCUUUUUUAAACCAAGAUGCAAAUAAACAAUUAAGAAAAACUGUGUUGUUUGCUAAGUUUGCCUCACUUGCAAGUUCUACAUUGGGCCUUUGUUUUAUUCCAAUUAUAAGCUCCUCCUUUGUUGAAGUAAUGGCAGAAAGACCUGGCUUAGCUGCUUUUAUGGUGUUGACUGAUACUUUUUUAUUAUUCUUUGCUUGUACACCAUUUUUGUUGCAUUUUUUAACUAAACGUUUUGUUGCCGAUAUAUAUUAUAAUCCAAAAACUAAAGUGUUUACAACUGUUCAUUAUAAUUUUAUUUUGAGGAAGAAAGCUUUGAGGUUUACAGCGGAUGAAGUGGUUGAUGCUGCAAAUGAAGUGGAAAAAAAUAAAUUUUCUUUUCAAUUUGCUACAUGUUCAGUUAGAUCUUACCCAAUAUUGCUUUUGUUAGAAGAGGACUUUUAUACAGACCCAGAAGUUUUUAAAUUGUUGACGAAAGGUUUUAAAUCAUUAGACUUGGUAAAAUUAAAAUGAAAGGAAUGUUUUGUUAAAUUGUUAAAAAUACCAUUCCCGGUCUCAGUUCCGAUUUUUGGAGAUAGGCUAGGGUUCUUAGUUCUUUCGAGUUCUUAUACUAGGCAACGGAACUUUUUUGAAUUUUGGAGCU